AUGGCUACUCUGGCAGUCUCUGAGAUUCCGACCGCCUCUCUCCUCUACAAGCUUAAACGGCUCGCCCCGAUCCCUUCCCCCCUCGCUGCCCCCUCGCAAACCUUCAAUGACACCAUCUCUCUCAUCCGCAAUGACAUCACAAAACUGCAGGUCGACUGCAUCGUCAAUGCCGCCAAUGAAUCUCUCCUCGGCGGAGGUGGCGUCGACGGCGCCAUCCACCGCGGCGCCGGCCCAAAUCUGCUCAGGGAAUGCCGCACCCUCAACGGCUGCCGAACCGGGGAUGCCAAGAUAACCUCUGCUUACGAGCUCCCCUGCAAGAAGGUUAUUCACACCGUCGGGCCCGUGUAUCACUACGAGCUGCCCAAGGGCGAUGGUAUGCCCGAGGUUUUGUUGCGUGGCUGCUACCGUCGUAGUCUUGAGUUGGCCGUCGAGAAUGACCUGAAGAGUAUUGCCUUUUCGGCUAUCAGUACCGGUGUGUAUGGGUAUCCGAGCCAUGAGGCUGCGGGUACGGCCCUGGACGAGGCGCGGAAGUUCCUGGAGGAGCCGGGCAAUAUUGGGAAAUUGGAAAGGAUUAUCUUCUGCAACUUUGAGCGCAAGGAUGAAGCGGCGUAUGAGAAGUUGAUUCCAAAAUUCUUCCCUCCAACGGAGCAGGACCUCCCUCACGCCAGCGCCAGCCAGAAAUCUGAAGAAUCCGAUGGUGAGUCUUCACCGUCGCCUGAGGUCCUCGCAGCCAAACUCCCUGACCCGCCCACCGUGGACCCUGCCUUGGACGGCCAGCCAAAUGCUAAGAAGCAGAAGAUUCAAACCGAGAAUCUUGAACAGAGUAUCAAAACGGAGACGGAGAAGAGUGAAGAUGACUGGGAGGAAGUGGACAAGUCCGAGGGUAGUCCGAUUGAGAGACUGGAUGACGAGCCUGUGGAAGUUGACAAGGCACCUUCGGCUGCUGAUGUACAAAGCGUCCAAUCUAGCGGGAUUAUCGACAUGGAUGAAUCACAGUCCGCAGAGAGCUUACUAGGAAAGGAUUGGUAG